UUGAUGUGCAAAUUGUAGUCAAAUUGAAGUUGUAACGCAGUGAUAUAAACAUCAAUGGUGAUCUCAUUACUUCAAAAUCUCUAUAUGGAACUAUGGAUGUUCAGCUUCUUGUGAUUGAUCUAAAGUUUUCUGAGCUUUGUUCAUGGAGAUUGAUGUUUUAAUUUGAAUUUACAGCCUUGAUUAUGAGUAUUUGAGAUCUCUUUGAGUUGAGAUAUCAGUUAAGUAGAAAACAUGAAAUUGAACUUUAGUGUGAAUAUACUUCAAAAUCUCUGUACAGAACUAUGGAUAUUCAAUUUCUAGUAAUUCUUAAGUAGAAAACAUGAAAAUAGAUGUUCUUUUUGCGUGAUUGAUGUGAGAAUUGUAGUCAAAUUGAAGCUGUAAGGCAGUGAUAUUGUUACAGAAUAACUAUUGAGUUGUAAAUAUAUUUUCUUCCACAUAUAGGUAACUCAAUUAUAGGAGCAGAUCAUUAGGAUAUUUUCCUUUAAUUGUUUUGAUUAGUUUCCUUAGAUAGAAUCUUAUGUAAAUGUAUAAAUACCUUGGAUUCAUGAAUAGAAGACAACACAACUCCUUCCAUUUGAAUUACAGAUACAUAUAAACAUAAAUGGCGAUUUCUAGAGGAAUCUGUGAUCUGCAGCAGGGUUUUGCUGGUAACGUGUAACUGUGCGACAUGAGUAUAUGUGCUGAACAUGUUUGUAGGUUUGCGCAAUGGUAUAUGUUCAUUAUGAUUGUGUUAGAACAAUUCACGAUUUGUGAACUUGCAAAUUGAAGUGUAAAGUAGCUAUAUGUGGAUGUGGGCUGUUCAAUUUGUUUUUUUACUCUAUCCCUGUGGUUUAUAAUGCUUUAGCUAACGAGCUAUGUGAGUUUGUUUGCUUCUAAAAUCUCUUCUUACUAUGUGCUAUAUGUCAAAAGCUACAGCCAUUAGUGGCACUGUGGCAGAUCCAUUGAUAUGUCGUACUCAAGAGCUUUUGGCUCGAAUAUGAAAUUAGAUAUAUAUUUCAAAUUCCACCUUCUGACUCAAACCUCUUCAUUCUAGAAUCACUGCACAAGAGAAAGUAGAAUCCAUCCCAGAAUUUCAGUCAGCAGACGCUGCCUAAGCCCCAGGCUAAUCAAACACCAUUAGAGCAUCCCAAAUUGAUGAACUCCGCACCUAUUAUUGAGGUGCCAGCAACACCAGCGACCAUCGUGGAAGAGCCUGCUACACCUGAGCCAGAGCAAGAGGCUCCUGAAAUCGACAUUGAAGAUGCUUACUUUGAAGAUCCUAAUGAAAUUCCUACAAUUGAAUUGAAUAUGGUGCAGUUCACCCAAAAUAUGAAGAACUUUGUGCAAAACAGUAUGGAGCUUCAACAUGUUGAAAUGUCAAAAGCCUUAAUAGCUUUAACUCCAGAAGUUGCUUCAAUUCCCACGCCUAAACUUAAGCAUAUAAGCCGGCUCAGAACUCAACAUCAAGUCUAUGAACUUCCGGAUUCUCAUCCUCUUUCGGAAGGGUUGGACAAAAGAGAACCAGAUGAUCCAUGUUCCUAUCUUCUGGCAAUAUGGACACCUGGUUGAGUGAUGCUCUCCAUGUUCUUCUGAUGACAUUUAAUACGGUUUUCUCAGCUUCAAAUAAAGGUAAUUACAUACAGUUACCAGUUUCAAAAAAAUAAAAAUAAAGGUAAUUAUAUAAGAACAAAAUAGCUGUUAGGACUUUUAGUGUCUUUAUGCAUCUCCUUUCAGUUGUGAUUUUCAAAACCGCAUGGCUGGGCAGUAGUUACAAACAACGAAUGUAUUUGACAGAUGUAUUAUCCCUGUUCUGUCUUAGCCAACUUAUAAUGAAGUAUGAAUAGGCUAUCAUUUAAAGCUAAUCUUUACAGGGUGCUGGUAUCAUGAAUAUAUUGAUAUACUCUUUUCAAGUCCUGCUCUAUAUGCUUACCCUCGAGUCUUAUUUAUGUUUAGUUAAGUACAUUAUAACGUGGUUUACUUGUUUAAACCAUUACUACUUGAUAAAAUUUGGUGCAGCUCAUGUAUUAAGAAAAAGGGAUUUUGUAGAUACUUUUACGUGCCCGUAUAUAAACCUGCUUUGCUUUCGGGAAAACUUUCUUUUAAACAUUACCAUAAGAUUUAGUAAAAUUUGCCUCAUGUUGCGUGGUGGUGCCAAACCAGUUGUUUUGUAAGUUAGGAGCCAAGUGUACUGAUUGCCAUGGAAGAGUACCCAUUUUUAUUACUCUUUCUAUCCUUAGAAGAGAAAAUGGGAACCAACUAAAUUUGAGAUGUCAAUGUGCUAAAGGGCCACUAGCCUGUUGAAGGAUUCAAUUAUCGUUGCUAAUAAAAAUGACCAUCCUAAGUAUCAGCUACAAGUAAUCGAUUAUCAUCUCAUUUACUCAUGCUACAGUUUACUUACAUGUUAGACAAUACCUAUCUUCUUUCUUUCCUAAGGUUUAAAACAUCAUGGUGCUGAAUGUUGUUAGCUUGUUCAGCCUGGAUGGCUGCCUUGCUGAUUCAGUAGGACACUGCUCCCUAGUUUUCAUCUGGCUUUCCUUUUGUCCUAUUCAACUUGCUGGCUGGAAAGUGCAACCGUGCCAUCAGUGGUCUUGGGGCUCGUGUCUCCUUG